UGUGUGUGUGUGUCCGUCCCCCCAGAGGACGGUGAGGUGUAUGUGUGGGACCUGAGGACCAGGUCCUGUGUGAACAGGUUCACAGACGACGGCUGUGUGAGGGGAACGUCCAUCGCCGCCUCGCCCAACGGCCAGUACCUCGCCUGCGGCUCUGAGGCGGGCGUGGUCAACAUCUACUCCCAGGAGGCGUGUCUUAACUCGGCCAAUCCCAGGCCUCUGAGAGCCGUGAUGAACCUGCUGACCUCGGCCACCGCUCUGACCUUUAACCCCUCCUCGGAGAUCCUCGCCAUGGCGUCCCGGGCCGAAGACGAGGCCGUCCGCCUGGUCCACCUGCCGAGUCUGUCCGUCUUCUCUAACUUCCCCGUGUCCAAGAGGAAGAUAGUGUACCGAGCCAGCUGCCUCGACUUCUCCCCGCACAGCGGCUUCUUCUCAUUGGCCAACAACAAAGGACACGCCCCCCUCUUCAGGUCAGCAGCCAACCAGCUCCACCG